UAAUAAUAUUACAUCUCAGUUUGUUAGUGCCUCUCUGGUUUAUUGGUUUAGUUGGCUUUAUUUCGUGGUUGUUUGUGAUUUUUUUGUUUUUAUUCUAAUGUAAAUAAGUGAUCAGCAAGAUGCCUGUGUUCCACACGAAAAUUAUCGAAAGCAUUCUAGAGCCAGUCGCUCAGCAGGUGUCUCGACUGGUCAUCCUCCAUGAAGAAGCAGAAGAUGGCAACGCUAUGCCGGACUUGGCUCGUCCUGUGCAGGCCGUCUCUCUUGCCGUCAACAACCUCGUCAAGGUUGGCCACGAGACCAUAGAGUCAUCAGACGAUGUGAUCCUGCGGCACGACAUGCCGGGAGCCUUGCACCGCGUGGAGACGGCAGCCACCCUGCUGCAGCAGGCCUCUGAUAUGCUCAGAGCUGAUCCGUAUUCGGGGCCCGCUAGGAAGAAGCUGAUCGAAGGGUCCCGCGGUAUCCUGCAGGGUACAUCGGCGUUGCUCCUCUGUUUCGACGAGUCCGAAGUCAGAAAGAUUGUCAAAGAAUGCAAAAAGGUUCUAGAUUACCUCGGAGUUGCCGAGGUGAUAGACACGAUGGAGGACUUGGUUCAGUUCCUGAGGGACAUCUCGCCGGCGCUCUCCAGGGCGGCCAGAGAGGUGGCGGCCCGCGCUUCGGAGCUGACCCAUCCCCCUCACGCCGAGAUCCUCACGCAGUGCCUGGAGAGCGUCAAGCAGCUCGCGCCCGUGCUCAUCUGCUCCAUGAAGAUAUACAUACACAUCCUCACCGAGGGCGGCAAGGGCAUGGAAGAAGCCGCCGAGAACAGGAACUACCUGGCGCAGAGGAUGGCGGAUGAGAUCCACGAGAUCAUCAGGGUUCUACAGCUGACGUCGUACGUGGAGGACGGCGGCGAGAAGGACAACAUCACCGUGCUUAAAGCUCUCCAAAGUCAGAUACACACCAAGAUAGGCGCUGCACAUGAGUUUUUGAAU